UCUAAGUUCAUGUAAUAUGAUAUCAAAACCCAUCAAACUCAAAUAGGCGGUAUUAAAUUCUAACUUUAUUAGGAUCUGAUACAAGAAUUUAUUUUGAGAUGGAUCCAAAUCCAUCUAAUAAUUCUUGAAGAAGAGAGAAAACAACUUAAAUUAAGAAACCACCUGACUACUAUAUAUAAAGAAGCUACUCCAGUUGCAUAUUAUUCAUCACUCAUCAAAGAUGAUGAGCAACAUGUCACAGAUGAAGGUUGUGUCAAAUUGGAUGGAUGUUGAAUCAGUCCCAGAAAAUUAUGUCUUUCCAUCGGAGAAGAGGCCCACUGUCGCUGUGAAGACGACGAUCUCCGUACUUGAUUUGGCCACAGACGAUCGAACCUUUCUCUUCCAAAACAUUCUUGACAUUACUCGAGAUCUCGGAUUUUUUCAGGUGAUAAACCAUGGAGUGUCAAAAGAGUUGAUAAACAAAACGAUGAUGGUUUUCAAAGAGUUUCAUGCCAUGUCGUCUGAAGAAAAAGAGAGGGAAUGUUCCAAAGACCCCAAUAAAAGUUGCAAAUUUUAUACAAGCUCUGUAAAUUAUGAGACUGAACAAGCUCACAGCUGGAGAGAUGUUUCACAAUUCGAUUGUCAUCCUUUGGAAAAGUAUAUUCAUUUUUGGCCUGAAAAACCCCUUAACUUCAGGGAGGUGGUUGGAGAAUAUUGUAUUGAAAUGAGAAAACUUGCUUGCAAGAUAUUGGAGGUGAUUAGUGAAGGGUUGGGACUUGGGAGAGACUACUUUAAGAGUGAAAUGAGUGAACAUUCAUCAUUGUUGGUAAACCAUUACCCACCAUGCCCAAACCCUAGCUUGACUUUGGGAUUGUUCCCACAUUGCGAUCCAAACUUCAUCACCAUUUUGUUUCAAGAUAUCAAUGGCCUUCAAGUUUUCAAGAAUGGUCAAUGGAUUGAUGUUGAUCCCAUUGAUGAUGCCCUUAUCGUAAACUUUGGCUAUUUUCUCGAGAUAAUUAGCAACGGAAAUUUUAAAGCAACGGAACAUCGAGUCAUGACGAAUACAAAGACGUAUCGACAAACCUUAGUCUAUCUCGUUUUUCCUAAAAACGAUGCGACUAUAGAACCAGCAAAAAACCUGAUAAAUGAAGUUGAUCCUCCACAAUAUCGCUCCAUCAAUUGCAAAGAAUUCAUGGGAGAAUAUUUUUAUAUGCCAAGAGAUAGAGAGGUAGUGAUUAAGUAUUUAACUUCAACCAAUCUUAAUGAGAGUGUCUAAAAUAUAAUACAACUGUUGUGUUGCUAGGUAUUACUAUUAUUAUAAUGUUAAAGAACUAUUAUAUGUUACUAGUAAAGUGAGAGUGAGUAUUGUUAUUCCUAGUAAUUUACUAUUACUAAAAAAAACCAUAUAAUAAGACCAUGGUUAUCCUAAUGUAAACAAGAACAUCACAAGACAUAUAAUAUAAUAAAGGAAUAUUCAUAUUUUAACUCUACUAUCUUAG